AUGGGGAUCGAGAGGGUUAAACGGAUGAAUCAGUCGUUCGCCUCAGUCAAUACGCUCAACCAAAGUGGCAACAAGCGAGAAUUUUCUGGACCAUCCUCCGUCCCGCAUCAGAAUUCGGCUAAGCGGCAAAAGCUGAGCGCUCAUUCUAGAGACGGUCUCUUACACGAAACCUGGAAACUCGGGCUAGAAAAAUUGGAAGCAACAACCGACGACCGCAACCCUCAGACCGCCCACGCUGGCUCUACCCGUCCCUCAGAGAACAAAGCUCAAAUCUCGGUGGAUAUAUAUGACCCAGAUCCCUCACCAUCUAGGGUUGUCUCCGAUAUUGCUCCCAGACACCGUGGUCCAAAACGGCGGUCCACCAAUGUAGAUUCAUCAGCACACUUCAAGCAUGCGUCCAAACGUCGCGAGGUCUCAUUACAGCUUGACGAAAUCGAGACGUCCGAGGACGAACUGCAGUCCAAUCAUUCAACUAUUCCGUCAAGAGUUCGGCAUACCCAAUUUUCACGGAUACAAUCUUCUCCUCGUCGUAUGCGCGGCAACAUAAUCUCGACAAAGUUUGAUGAUAAUGGGUCGAAAGGCGUCAAUAAAGUCUCGAUAGACAUAGUAAAGGCUGUGUCGGGGUCUUAUUCGUAUUGUGUGUCAGACAGCAAUUGCCCCCAGCUGUCUUUGCAUCGCUCGUCAAGCGAUUCCUCUCUUCUGGAAGCAUGGGCCAACGGAACGCGGGAAGAAGAGCAUCAAUGGGUUUCAUUUAAUGUAAAGGACGUUAGAAACGUUCGCUACGGCGGAUGCUACUUGCAUUUUCGACGAUCCAUGCUCCGCGGUCGACCGCCGACAAUCACAUUGCAAUUUGCGAGCCCGCAAGGGGCUGCUCAAGUUGCCGAAAUGAUCGUUGAGGGUCUUUCUGAGAGGCAAACCGACACAAGAGAAGAAUUGAAAAAGAUCCUUGACGUCUCCUGGAAGAAAGCUGCACAGAGCUCGCGACCUGCCAGUCGCGAGGAUGAUGACACCCGACAAGUGAAUGUAACCAGGGAUUGGAGCAGGCACUCCGGCGACGAAGAAACUCAAACGCAACGGAAGUCGCCGCAGAGCAACUCGACAGCUCGCUCCGCUCCCCUCGAAGAGCGAAGGCGCUCUGCAUCACCAGCCCGACGAAUUGGCAUGGAAACGCGGCGGACCAGAAGGUCAUCGCGAACUCGCAAGGAAAUUGUCCCAUCUCUCGAACGCUGGUCCAAGAAGAACACCGGAUGGGACGAGGACUGGAAACAAACGCUUGUGUACCCUGCCAGCGGGCGCAACCGAACCUCGGUGGAAAAAGAAGAUAUUCUCAAGCUGGACGAGGGCGAAUUUCUCAACGACAACUUGAUUAACUUCUACUUGCGAUACCUGCAAACCAAUAUAGGACGAGAUCAUCCAGAAUUCGUCAGUCGCGUGCAUAUCAUGAGCACAUUUUUCUUUGAGAAGCUGACAUCCCGUAAAGGGGGCAUCAACUACGACGGUGUCAAGAGCUGGACUUCCAAGGUAGAUUUGUUCUCUUACGACUAUGUCGUGGUGCCGGUUAAUGAGAACGCUCACUGGUAUCUGGCUAUCAUAUGCAACACUUCAAAGCUGCUAGCGCCUACGGAAGAUGAAAUGCAUGUUGACACCUCCACAAAUAUUCUGCGCCGACCGAAAUCAGAAUCUCUGAUCAUGACGAAUAUGGAGCAAGGAAUGACGGAUGUUUCGCUCGAGGACGUUACUGCGCCACGACGCUCCUCUAGACAGCUUUCGUCGGGCUUGGCAUCAUCCCCAUCGAAAAUAGCUCCAGAAGCGGGCUCUCCGCCACGAGCUGUGCACGGCAGCCGUACUCUAUCCAAGCGUACAGACGCCUCUGUGCCACGCAUUAUCACGCUUGAUUCCCUCGGAAUAACUCACUCCGCGACCUGCAAGGUGCUCAAGGAGUACCUUGUCGAAGAAGCCAAAGACAAGAAGAAUAUCAACCUAGCGGCCGUGCCCGUCGGCAAGAAGGCCCGCGGCAUACCCGAGCAAGACAACUUCUGCGACUGCGGAGUCUUUGUUCUGGGCUACAUGGAUGAGUUUCUCAAGGACCCAGACACGCUAGUACGCAAGAUCCUGGCGAAGGAGCAUGUCGGCUGGUCGAUUAACGCUGCGCGGCUGCGCGACAAGGUUCGGGAAAUUCUAUUUGGAUUGCAGAAGGAGCAGACCGAUCGUCUUGCACAGGAACGCGAGGCAAAGCGCCAAAAGAAACGCACGAGCGCCGUCUCGGGCAGCAGCGCGUCCGAGACUGCCCUUGAGGCGCUACCGCCCAGAAGCUCCGACAUCAGUCAAGAACUCCCGACUCCGCGUCCACCACCAAACGUAUGGCAUGUGUCCGACGACGAAGGCGCCGUGGCCAUGGUCAAGAUGCCGGCACCCGCGGCACAGGCUGCGGACGAGACGGGGUCGCAGCCGUCCGCGAAGCGCGCGCACAAGACGCACGCACACCAACGGCAGCCAAAGGUGUCGCCUCCGCCUGCAAGCCCCGGCGACACGCAAACUCAAGACACGCAGGAUUCGGUGCAGCUUCUCUCCGUGGUGGCGCGCUCCCCCUCGCGGCGGAAACGCCCAUCAAAGUCUGCGCGCUUGUAA